CAAAGAUGGUUUGGGACUUGCUUUCCUGCAUUUUUGGUCUACAUUGGCUGUUACCAGGAGAGGGAUCAAAGGUGCUUUGAUGGAGUGUCAACCCCAAUUCAUGUACAGCAGUGAGCAGACUAGAUGCUUGCUGAACGUUUUUGCUUGGUCUAACGUUUUUGCUUGUGAUGUAAAUAAUGCUGUUAUAUUUCUGGAUUUUCGCGUGAAUUCACAGGUACAAGAACAUAAUCAUCCUCAUAUUCUUCUCCUGCAAAUCGGGAACACAUUUUGCAAACUUCCAGGUGGACGUCUAAAGCCUGGAGAAAAUGAAAUCGAGGGUUUGAAAAGGAAACUCUCCAGUAAACUCGCAGCUAAUUCUCCUGGCCUUCAGCCAGAUUGGCAGAUAGGUGAGUGUGUGGCCACCUGGUGGAGGCCGAACUUUGAAACCAUAAUGUAUCCGUACUGCCCUCCACACAUAUCAAAACCAAAGGAGUGUAAGAAGCUCUUCAUUGUUCACCUUUCUGAAAGAGAGUACUUUGCGGUCCCCAAAAACCUAAAACUUCUUGCUGUGCCAUUGUUUGAACUUUACGACAAUGUUCAGAGAUAUGGACCCGUGAUAUCCACAAUCCCUCAACAGCUUUCCAGAUUCCAGUUCAACAUGAUCCAGCCAUAGAUUAGUAAAUGGAAAUUCAAGAGCUCCUUCUGGGACAAAAAUAGCAUCAAAUCGGUUGGUUGGUUUCCAAUAUUUUGAGGAUGCAGACUUCAUUACUUAAAUCAAUUUUCUACAGUAGGCAGAUAGAUGACUUGCUUCACUUUUCUACAAUAGGCUGAUAGAUGACUUGCAUCAGAUAUUUUGUGCUAUAUCAGUUUCUUUUUUCGAUGGAUAUGAAGACGAGCACGGUAUGGGAGCCUGUUAACCUCUGCAACAUUGCACUGCAAAAUAUUGGCUUAUUUGUGUGUACUCGAUUGUUGAAUAUUGACUUAGGGCUUCUAGGUUUCUUUCGUUGCGAGAGGCUCUUGGAAGUAGCCAUUAUAAGUGAUCUUUAUUCAGUGAAUGGUUGGUGAAAGUGGUGCUGUUCUCAUGUCUUAUUGUCAUGAUAGGAGCUUGUGCUCUUCAUAUGGGGAAAAACCAAAAAGUGUAGUAUUUCAGUUGCUUCUGGUAUCCUGUAAGAGACAAUUUUGUUGCUAGACUCUGAUUUUCAAAUAUUUUAGCACGUAAUACCUAAAUUUGCAGCUUGUAUCUC